AUGACCAGUGAGAUUACAAUAACAUCCACCGUUUCGUCUGUGAGUUUGAAUACAGAAAAACAAAAUAAUACAAAACAAAACCGACUCGCCACUGAAGCGAUGAUCAAACAAAAUGAUAUUCGAGUCACACUGGUAGAGAGUACACGUAGAACUAACAAAAUAUCUUCAGUUUGGGAGCAUUUCAAAUAUAUACAUGUGGAUGGUGUUCGCCAAGAAUUUGUUCAAUGUGCGGAUUGCAAAGUGAUUAUCGGCUUCAAUACAAUGAACGGAACAAAUGGAUUGAAGAAGCAUAUUGACAGUUGUUCGAAGAUUAUGAAUUCGAAAAGCGGCGUUCAAUCGAAUAUCACUUCACAUUUCAAAUCUUUUAGCAAAGAUUCUUCAUGUAUUCCAGAUCGCUUUAUCAAGUUAAUGAUCAACACAAGUGUUGAAUAUUGUGCUCUCGAUGGUCGAUCAUUUAAAUCCAUCAAGGGUACUGGAUUUCAGCAAAUGAUACAGGUGGCAUUUGAUGCUGGUCGUGCAUGUAACUCUGCAAAUCGUUCGAUCGACGCCAGUGCUUUGUUAUCCUCUCCACUCACAACAAGCCGCACAGUCGACAAGAUCUAUGAUUUCAGACGAGAUCAACUAUUGGAGUACGUCAAAAAUUUGAAAUCGUUUGCCAUCACAAUGGAUAUGUGUACUGAAGGACACACCGGAAUCCACUAUGCCGGAAUAUCUCUUCAUCAUAUUGAUUCUAACUGGCAACUACACGUUUUCAUUCUCCACCUAGCGCCAUAUGAUCGUGAAAGUCAAACAAGUGUGAAUGUUCGAAAAUUUGUCGACGAUCGUCUCGCCGAAUUUAAUUUGCGUUUGUCUGAUGACAGUUAUAUUGUAACAGAUAAUGAGAAUAAAAUUAGAGGUGGCACUUUAACUUUAACUUUACUUUAUAAAGUGCUUAAAGUUUAA